ACAUCGCUGUAUCGGGUUGUGGGGGUUCUGGAGCCUGCGACCUAGACUUUUCCUUCUUAAACUAGACCAGACCCUUACGCAGGUACUUCAUAUAGCUUUGAACUACCCGUUGGAUUACAUACUUUAUUGUAUCUGCAUACGGCUUUUGAGGAAGUUGUUGCACGUUGCGAAUGGCCCAUCACGGCGGCUCAGAUCCCGACGGGGGACAAGACGAAGAUAUGGAGGGCGGCGAUGAGGGCUUCCGCCCGGAUAGCGCUGUAGAUAUUGCUAUUUCGUAUGGGACUGGGUCUGUCGACCCUGCCGUCUACGAGUUUAUUGAAGAAAAUGGUCGGACUUACCACUCGUAUAAGGCUGGCCGUUACCUUUUACCUAACGACGAACGGGAAUAUGAGCGAGAAGCACUCGAACACCAAUUAUUCCUACUUGCCAUGGACAACGAAUAUUAUUUCUCUCCAGUGGGCGAACUUCACAAUGUGUUAGACGUUGGCACUGGAACAGGUCUGUGGGCAAUCGAGAUGGCUGAAUUACACCCGUCAGCUCAUGUCAUCGGCACGGACUUGAGUCCGAUACAACCAGAUUUUGUCCCCGUGAACUGCCACUUUGAAAUCGACGACGCCGAAGACCAAUGGGUCUACCCGCAAAAGUUCGACCUCAUCCACUUCCGCUCCUGUGCCUACAACUUCCUACACCCCCAAUCCGUGAUCCACUCCGCGGCCGAUGCCCUGUCCCUCAACGGCUGGGUCGAAGUCCAAGACUACAUGUUCCCCCUGCGCUGCGAUGACGGCAGCUGGGACGGCACCGCGUUGCAGCGGUGGAGUCACCUUAUCUCACAGAGCCUGCUGCGCGCCGGAAGGCCCUUUUACUCGGAGCAUUGGGGCGCUAUGUUCCGGGCCGCGGGCUUGGUGGAUGUCAGGGAGGAGCGCUUCUUCUGGCCGCUUAAUGCGUGGCCAAAGGGCGAGGAAAAUAAGGAUAUUGGGCGGAUUUGCACGAUCAACACGCAGGAGAGUCUUGAGUCGGUGGGGAUGGCGAUUUUGACGAGGUAUGGGGGUAUGCCGUUGGACGAAGUAAUGAGGUUGACCGAGGAGGCGAAGUGUGUGGUGAGUGAUAUUAGAUGUCAUGUGUAUCUUCCGGUCACCGUGGUCAUGGGCCGGCGGGCGUAGGAUAGUUUUCCGGCAUGCUUCAGUGGCGGAAUGCCAACAAGCCAUCGGGUGCAAUGUUCAUGGUACUUCGUAACUUCGGUCUACAGGACGUAGCGCACGGUAUGGGGACUAUGCAUCAGUAUUAGCACCUAUGA